UUUAUUUUUUAGUUGCAUUGUCAUUUCAACAUGUCGGAAAGAUACAGUUUUUCUUUGACUACUUUUAGUCCCUCUGGGAAGCUUGUACAGAUAGAGUAUGCCUUGGCAGCAGUAGGUGCUGGUGCUCCUUCUGUGGGUAUAAAAGCCUCAAAUGGAGUUGUUUUAGCAACAGAGAAGAAGCAGAAAUCUAUAUUAUAUGACGAAAACAGUAUCCACAAGAUUGAAAUGAUUACCAAGAAUGUGGGCAUGGUCUACAGUGGAAUGGGCCCUGACUACAGAGUACUCUUGCGGAAUGCAAGAAAGCUAGCCCAGAACUAUUACUUAGCCUACCAAGAGAAUAUACCCACAGCCCAGAUAGUGCACAGAAUAGCCAACGUCAUGCAGGAAUACACACAGUCAGGAGGUGUGCGUCCCUUUGGGGUGUCCCUGUUGAUUGCUGGCUGGGAUGAGGAUGAGGAGAGGCCAUACUUGUACCAGUGUGACCCCAGUGGAGCAUAUUUUGCUUGGAAAGCAACAGCAAUGGGAAAGAACUAUGUUAAUGGAAAAACAUUUUUAGAGAAAAGGUACAGUGAUAACCUAGAAUUAGAAGAUGCUGUCCACACAGCCAUUUUGACCUUGAAAGAAAGUUUUGAAGGUCAAAUGACAGAAGACAACAUAGAAAUUGGAAUUUGUAAUAAAGAUGGAUUCCGACGUUUAACUCCCCCAGAGGUUAAGGAUUACCUAGCCUCUGUACAGUGACAUUUUCAUCCUCAUCAUGUUUUAUAGUGCUACUCAUUAAAUGUUGCAGAACAAUAACAUUAAAAUCUUUUGUAUAAAACCAA